AUGAAGCAUUGUAUUGUUCUUCUCGUUUUAUUACUGUCAGCCGUUGAAGUCAAAGCUGCUAGGCUUAGUUCUUCUCAAAAGAAGGCCAUAGUAAAGGCCCACAAUGAUCUACGCCGUACCUUGGCUACCGGAGGCUCUGAAGCUUCUGAUGGCACUAUGCCUGAAGCUGCUAAUAUGAAUGAGUUGGUAUGUGAUUCAAAAUUUGAUUAUAUACUUUUUUAAACUCUUUUUCUAAAAGGUAUCUUUUUUUAAAGGGACCCUUUCACAAAAUUUAAAAAAAAAUGUGUUUUUAGGUAUGGGACGACGACCUAGAAGCAGAAGCUCAAACCUGGGCUCAACAAUGCGAAUUCAGACAUCCAGAUGAAUCAGAUUACGGACAGAACAUUGCUUCACAGGCUCCAGCCAUAUCAUCGUCUAAAGCUGCCAAUAAAGCCAUGGUAAGCUGGUGGAGUGAAAUUGCGUACUACCCAGCUGAAACAGCUUAUGAACAUAUUAGUGGCACUGGCCAUUUUACACAGGUGAGUACUGAAUAUACCCUACCCUACCCUACCCUACCCUACCCUACCCUACCCUACCCUACCCUACCCUACCCUACCCUACCCUACCCUACCCUACCUUACACGUAGAUAUGCAUAUACCUAUAUUUCAGAUGGCAUGGGCUCUAACCACCAGAAUUGGCUGUGCUGUCCAAACGUGUACUGAAGGAGGACCAGCAGGAUUUGAUGAUUGGUCGUUCACCGUCUGUAAUUACUAUCCAAAAGGAAAUAUGAGGAGAAAAGACAUCUACAUCAGCGGAGAACCUUGUUCUGAAUGUGAAGCCGGCUGUCACAAUAGCUUGUGUGCUCCGUAA